UUCGCAAUAACUCCUUCCUCCCUUCUCCACAUUCUCUUCCACCUCCGCCCGUUCCCCUUUCCUCUCCUCCUCUUCCUCCUCCUCCUCGCCUCCCCUUCCAUGGCCGCCUAUAGCUUCUCAAGCUAGUCUCCUCCCGGCUUAUCUCGCCACCUCCUGCUAGCUACCCUUCUGAGCUUGCAAAGUUUUUGCUGCACGCACGCCUUGAGAGCUGCAUGCAGCCAGAGAUCGAUCGGAGUUCUAUUUUUGCAUAGGCACACGAACAUAUGUAGCUCUUCUGCUAGAUCUCACUGCCAGUCGUCAGCUCGCAGCGAAGGUUGUCUGGGCUACCUUGUCGAUCGCUAGAUCUGUUGUUGGUCGUGUUGUUACUUGGCAGGCAAGGUAUACAUCUCCAUAUAGGAAUAGGAUUGGCGCCGCCUGUUCUUUGUCCGUGAGGCGGGAGAUAGAUACUACGCAUGUGCCAGUGAACAAAUGGAAAGAAGCUACUGAGGCGGCAGGAAUUAGGGUUCGAGAGGUUCUGAGAGGGAGAAAUGAUGAUCCCGGCGAGGCACAUGCCGCCGAUGAUCGUCCGGAACAGCGCCGCGGCGUAUGGGUCCUCGUCGGCGCUUUCGCUCGGCCAGGUAAUCAGUUUUCUGCCUCUUUUUUUGGGCUAGCUUGUUGAGUUCAAAAGACUGUUUUUAGCUGCUUCUCUCUUUUCUUUGGAAAAAUCAGAACUUGUUGUUCUCUUGUUUUUUUUUUGGCGCUCUCGAUCUUGCAAGUCUGGCUUCUGGGUAAAUUUUUCUUCGUUUGAUUUGAGGUCUUGGUCUGGUCAGUACUAGGAUUAGAGAAGUACUACAACAGAAGGGCCAUGUCUGCAAUAUGUAUGUACUGAUCCUGCAAGGAUUAGCUAGCUUUUUCCUUGGGAACUGAGAAGUCUGGAGAGAGAGAGGUAUCAUCUAUCUCCAGUUACUGUUCACACAUAGAUUAGGUCAUCAGAGUGCAUGAGCUCCAUUUCUUUAAGACUUGCUCCUAUAUAAAGGGAGCAGAUGGAUGGGCCAUCGGCUUGGCAAGAGGGGCGACUUCCAUCCUUGCUGCAGGUUCCUGAUCUCACAAACAGAUCAACACAGCCAAACCUCCUGCUGGACAACCAGCAGCUCCAGCUACUGCAGCAGCAACACCUGCUGGACCAGAUCCCGGCGACGACGGCGGAGAGCGGCGACAACAUGGGGCGCGGCGGCGGCGGGGUGUCCGACCCGCUGCUGGGCGACGAGUUCGAGAGCAAGUCCGGCAGCGAGAACGUGGACGGCGGCGUCUCCGUGGACGAGCUGCAGGACCCCAACCAGCGGCCCAGCAAGAAGAAGCGCUACCACCGCCACACCCAGCACCAGAUCCAGGAGUUGGAAGCUUUCUUCAAGGAGUGCCCGCACCCGGACGACAAGCAGCGCAAGGAGCUGAGCCGGGAGCUGGGGCUGGAGCCCCUCCAGGUCAAGUUCUGGUUCCAGAACAAGCGCACGCAAAUGAAGAACCAUCACGAGCGGCAGGAGAACUCGCAGCUGAGGUCCGAGAACGAGAAGCUGCGCGCCGAGAACAUGCGGUACAAGGAGGCCCUGAGCAGCGCGUCGUGCCCCAGCUGCGGCGGGCCGGCCGCGCUCGGCGAGAUGUCCUUCGACGAGCACCACCUCCGCGUGGAGAACGCGCGGCUGCGGGAGGAGGUCGACAGGAUCUCCUCCAUCGCCGCCAAGUACGUGGGCAGGCCCAUGGUGCCCUUCCCCGUGCUGUCCAGCCCGCUGGCCGGGGCCGGGGCACGCGCCCCCGCGUUGCCGCCGCUGGACAUGGCGCCGCCGUAUGGCGCUGCCGCUGACAUGUUCGGCGGCGGCGGUGUCGUCGCUGCUGCUGGUGCUGCCGGUGCCGGGGACCUGCUGCUGAGGGGCGCCGCCGUGCAGUCGGACGCCGACAAGCCUAUGAUCGUGGAGCUGGCCGUGGCGGCCAUGGAGGAGCUGGUUCGGAUGGCGCAGCUGGACGAGCCGCUGUGGAACGCGCCCGCGGGGCUCGAUGGGUCCGCUGAGGAGGAGACGCUUAACGAGGAGGAGUACGCGCGCUUGUUCCCCGGCGGGCUCGGGCCCAAGCCGUACGGGCUCAACUCGGAGGCGUCGCGUGACAGCGCCGUCGUCAUCAUGACCCAUGCCAACCUCGUCGAAAUCCUCAUGGACGUGAACCAGUAUGCGGCCGUGUUCUCGAGUAUCGUGUCGAGAGCCGCGACGCUGGAGGUGCUAUCAACCGGCGUGGCUGGGAACUACAAUGGUGCAUUGCAAGUGAUGUCGGUGGAGUUUCAGGUGCCUUCCCCACUGGUGCCGACCAGGGAAAGCUACUUCGUGAGGUACUGCAAGCAGAACGCCGACGGAACAUGGGCCGUCGUCGACGUCUCGCUGGACGGCCUGCGCCCCGGCGCAGUCCUCAAGUGCCGGCGCCGGCCGUCGGGAUGCCUGAUCCAGGAAAUGCCCAAUGGCUACUCGAAGGUGACCUGGGUGGAGCACGUCGAGGUGGACGACAGGUCGGUGCACAGCAUCUACAAGCUGCUGGUGAGCUCGGGGCUGGCCUUCGGUGCACGCCGAUGGGUUGGGACGCUGGACCGCCAGUGCGAGCGCCUUGCCAGUGUCAUGGCCAGCAACAUCCCGACCAGCGACAUCGGUGUGAUCACUAGCGCGGAGGGGAGGAAGAGCAUGCUGAAGCUGGCGGAGAGGAUGGUGAUGAGCUUCUGCGGCGGCGUGACGGCCUCUGCGGCGCACCAGUGGACAACGCUGUCCGGCAGCGGCGCUGAGGACGUCCGCGUCAUGACCAGGAAGAGCGUCGACGACCCUGGCAGGCCGCCCGGCAUAGUCCUCAACGCUGCCACCUCGUUCUGGCUCCCCGUCCCGCCCAAGCGUGUCUUCGACUUCCUCCGUGACGAAAGCUCUCGCAGCGAGUGGGACAUCCUCUCCAAUGGCGGCGUUGUUCAAGAGAUGGCUCACAUCGCCAACGGCCGCGACCAUGGAAACUGCGUCUCGCUUCUUCGUGUCAAUAGCACGAACUCGAACCAAAGCAGCAUGCUGAUCCUCCAGGAGAGCUGCACCGACAUGUCGGGCUCGUACGUCAUCUACGCCCCGGUGGAUGUGGUCGCCAUGAACGUGGUCCUCAACGGCGGCGACCCUGACUACGUGGCGCUCCUGCCCUCUGGCUUCGCGAUCCUGCCCGACGGCCCAUCGUCAGGGAGCAGCAGCAUGCUGCAAGGCGACGGCGGCGUCGGCUCAGGUGGGUCGCUCCUGACGGUGGCCUUCCAGAUACUCGUCGACUCUGUCCCCACCGCCAAGAUCUCGCUGGGGUCGGUGGCCACGGUGAACAGCCUCAUCGCCUGCACCGUGGAGCGCAUCAAGGCGGCGGUGAUCUCCGGCCAGAGCAAUCCCCAGCAGCAGUAGCUUCGUUGAAUCCAACAGUGUUCUUAUCCUUUGCAUUGAAGGAGCAGCAAAAUUUUAGAGCUUUCGUCAGUGGGAAGUCAAGAACGCACCUCAGACUCUCCUGCUUGCCAUGUGGUGCUCAUAGUUCCCUUUACUUUUUCGCCUAGUUUCCCCCAAAAUUUCUGGGGUUAUUUCAAGAAACACUUCAGUCGCCGAAGGAAACGAGUCACCACGACGCAAGGGUAGUUGGUUCGGGUAUUGACUUCCUCUUCAUGUUGGCCUCUCGGAUGCUGCUUCCUCUGAAUUUAGGCUUCUUCUCUUGUGGUGUACAAAACCGUUAUUUAGCAUGUAAUUUGUGCUGCUGCUGCUGCUGCACCUGUUCAGACUUGUUCAGUAUCCAGGAUUCCCCCAAUAGAGAUUUGUGUCCCUUAAUACCUCUGCACAGUGCUUGUGUCUAGCCGCCAUUUCAGUCCCAAAAAUGUGCCUGUGUAACGCGGUUGCAUGCUUGCAUUAUUGUUCAAUGUCUUCGUUGCUAUUUUGCAGCUUUAAGUUCACAAUUAAUUU